CCGACCCACAAGUCCUAUCGCCGCCUGUGUUGAGUCGGCUCGUCUCGCGUGGCGAUAUGCAAACUUUCACUCCAUAGCUCACGAUGUCUGGUGUUUAGUGGAUGCAAAUAGUUACCGUUCUUCUCUUACGAUUAAAGCGGCGAAGCAUGGAGCCUGAGAAAGUUAUUGGACGCCUACGAUCUUCCGUGGGUUAGACGCCGGUACUGCGCAUCAUGGGUCAACAAUCGAACAGCCGCGAGGGGACCAAGACGGACCGCUAUGGGAUGAGGAGAGAGCGCGAUGUGUUGCUCCUCUAUGGCGCAGCUUUUCGCAACAUUCCACAUGUCGACAAUCUGGAAAACCAUGUACCCCGCUUAUCCCCAGAUUCGACGCUGACAGCCUUGUGUCAACUUACAGCUAUCCGGAUGGGCGCCCAGCGGUCUAUGAUAUCGCUCCUCGACGAUGAACGACAACACAUACUUGCGGAGGCGACUUGCGACUUACCGCUGCGGCCAGAAGCACCAGGAGAAGCCCCAAAUAACUGUUGGCUUGGGAACGUGAGCAUCCCGCGGAAUUGGGGCAUAUGUGAAAAGGUCCUGGAAUUGGACCGAAAUGAAAACCCAGUUCUCAUCAUCAACGACCUCACCAAGAAUCAGGGGACAUGCUUUCGAGACGAUGUCCAAGGGAAUUCUGAUAUGCGCUUCUACGCCAGCGUCGCGUUGAUGUCUCCUAAUGACGCAAUAGUUGGAUCGCUUUGUAUCUUCGACACCAAGGUCCGAGACGGUCUCUCCAAAGAAGAACUGGCUUUGUUUAAGGACCUGGGCUCUACGGUCAUGAGCUACCUGAACACAUAUACGAUCAGAGAUCAGUACAGGCGAGGAGAAAGGUUCACUCGAGGUCUCGUCUCUUUUGCGGAAGGCGCAUCUGUUCUGGCUCCUUUCGAAGGAGAAGUUCGGCACGAUUCGACAGCAGUCGUUCAGACAUCGUCCGAUUACUCAUCCGCGGCAUCCAAAACGGACAUGGACGGAGCGAAGGAUACGCGAGAUAAAGCUAAAACGGAACAGAUCACUUCUGUUCAAUCACCAUCAGCAAUGUCGAAGACAAGUCGUGCCAGAUCUAAUCGACAUCGGUCAAUCGGUACACUUCAGGAUUCUAUUCUACCCACCGACUCGAAGUCAAUGUUCUCACGUGCUGCAAAUGUGAUGAUGAGCUCGAGCGAUCUGGACGGAGUACUCAUCCUAGAUGCGAGCGUUGCGGCAAGUGGGGGACAGCGUCGUGGCAACAGCGCAUCAAGAAGCGAUACCGACGCCCCCUCCGAAUCGUAUCGAUCUAGGUCUUCGAGCGAUGAGGCAAGCUCCAAUAGCACCGAAGGAUAUGCCCGUGGCACUUCUUCGUCAAGUUCCAAAAUGUGUCAGCUACUUGGAGUAGCAACCCCGAGUGACAAGGAGUCGGAAUAUGGGACUUUGCUGGAGCCUGACCUUUCGCGCUUAUUUCACGAAUAUCCCCAUGGUAAGAUCUUUACCUUCAGCGCUGAAGGCUGUUCCUUAUCUUCGAGCGAGGAAACGAUUUUGAGCCCCAAAGUUGCUGAACAUCUGUCACCUGCCCCGCCAUCGAAACGCAAGACAAACGACCGACCGAAGCGGGGAUCGGCUGCUAUCCAGGCGAUGUUUCCCAAGGCACGCAGUAUCGCUUUUAUUCCCUUUUGGGACUUCGAAAGGGCCAGAUGGUUCGCCGGCUGUCUGUGCUGGAGCAACGAUCCAUACAGGCUACUGUCAGCAUCUGUGGACAUGGCAUAUUUCAAGAUUUUCAGUCACUCAAUUAUGAGGGAGCUCUCACGACUAGAUGCUGCGGCCUUGGAUCAGGCCAAGUCGACGUUCAUCUCUUCCGUUUCACAUGAGUUACGUUCGCCCCUGCACGGCAUACUUGGUACACUAGAGUUCAUCAAAGACACACCGUUGGACUCAUUCCAGACAAGUAUGAUGAACUCUUUGCACGCUUGCGGUACGACGCUCCUUGAUACCAUCAACCACCUUAUGGACUACGCCAAGAUUAGCGAGGAGAUGAAGAUAGUUUCUUCGAAGAAACUGAAAAACGAGAAUACAAUACGGCUAUCUGCUAAGCCAGUGAAAAGCCGGCGAAGAAAGAUUUCCGCAUUUGAUCUUGGGAUCGCAACCGAAGAGGUCGUGGAAGCAGUAUUCUCUGGGUCAUCAUAUAUUCCAGCCACCUCCAAGCUCAUGGAAGCCCCUAUAUCGCCUACAGAUGAACACGCAGUCUCGUUUCCUCAACGCAGAGCACGUUUUAUCGUUUUCGAUCUGGCUUACGAUGAUGAUUGGGUCUUUUCAUUUCCAAUUGGAUCGUGGAGAAGAAUCGUGAUGAAUUUGUUUGGUAACGCUGUCAAGUAUACUGAGACGGGGUACAUUCAUGUUUCCUUGAGAUCCAACAAGCUAGCUGAAAAUGCUGAUGCGCCUGCAGCGAUCACACUCACCAUUACAGACACUGGCUCAGGCAUGAGUUCUAGUUUUCUCGCAAACCGCCUCUUCCAGCCAUUCUCCCAGGAGAAUCCCCAUGCGCCGGGUACAGGCCUGGGUAUGAGUAUUGUACGUCAGAUAAUUGACACGAAUGGUGGCAAGGUUGAAGUUAGCAGUGACCCCAAAAUCGGCACUAAACUCAUUGUCAAACUUGCCCUUAACAAGUCAGAAAUACCUGGUGCGAUAACGACUGAACGAGCGCAAUUUCUCUCUUAUCUGCCAAGGUUAGAAGGUCGGAGAAUAUGCAUCCUUCGCAAGAAGAUAGAAAGACCAGCUGAAGACACAAGUCUCUCCAAAACGGACGAAGGUCUGUUACGCUUCACCAACGCACUGGUUUAUACCUUGGAGACGCAUCUUAAGAUGGAGGUCGUGAAGACAAAUGAGUGGGAAGGCCAUGAUGCGGAUAUGGUUAUCUGCCCGGAGUUGUCGUUUGACUACCUCGCCACGAUCCGGAAACGGAGGCUCAACGGUCAACGCGCCCCAGUGACCAUCUUUGUGGGGAUGGAUGCUCUCGAAGCAGCGACUUUGCGCUCCGACGUCCGCGUUACCAACAGGGAGUCGGUAGUUGAGAUCAUCACGCAACCAUGCGGACCCUACAAACUCGCAUGGGUUCUCAACCGAUGUCUGGACCGUUACGAACAUCCAGCUGAGAACCUACAACCUGCUGGAAUAUCUAGUCCGCCUCCACAGCCCCAACAACAGUCGCAUCCCUCUACGCCAACGAAGUCGAUGCAGAAUACCAUGGAGUCUCUCAGCUUGUCGUCACCAGAACCAGUCGCUCCUUCUACCGCUGGAUCUACAAGUGUGCAGCACUCGCUCACAUCGCCUCCUCAAGAAGAAGACCCUGUGAUAUCGCACACUCUCAUUGUGGACGACAAUGUGCUGAAUCGACGACUACUUGUCGCGUUCAUGAAGAAGCAUGGCCUUCAAUUCGAACAAGCGGCGAACGGGCAGGAAGCUUUAAAUAAGUACCAGGAAGCAGCGCGCAAAUACGAAAUCAUCUUAAUGGAUAUGUCUAUGCCGGUCAUGGAUGGUAUGAGCGCUACUCGUGCGAUUCGCGAAUACGAGAGAAGCAAUAAUUUGCCACGGUGCUCCAUCAUCGCACUUACUGGCUUAGCGUCUUCAAGUGCAAAGUUGGAAGCAUGGAGUUCGGGAAUUGAUCACUUCAUGACGAAGCCGGUCAAUUUCAAGGCGCUUGGAGAGCUUCUCCGAAGUGAUGAGGCGCGAAGACACGCAAGAGCGAGAACUGAGGAAAACGUACGGGCAGGCUGAAGAGCUCUCUAAUGAUGGGCCUAAAAUGUGAUCAUAGCGCUAUAGCUCAAAAGCAACAGCCGCUUUCGAGACGACAACAACAGACCAGAGAUCU